AUGGGUGGCGUCAGCAUCGAGUUCGGAGAGAUAAUCCAAAUCCACACCCUUGCGAGACGCCCUUAUAGUCUUCCUGGGAUUCCUUUACUCCUCCAGGCUGAACUAGUAAGGAGGAAUGAGAGAUUGAAACUUUGCACAUUUACAAUAUACCUUGAUGAAAGUGUUGAAAGAAAACUUGGCAAGGGUGGAUUUGAUCAGGUAUAUCUUGGACGACGUUGUACUGGGAAUUUGAAUGAGAGAACUGGAGCUGGAGCUGUAGAGGAUGUACCUAUGGACCUUCCUAAGAGUGGCAACACUCUCGGUGGCAGUCACGGUGUGCCACAAGUACACUAUAAAGGCAGGGAGGGUGACUAUGAUGUCAUGGUUAUGGAUAUAUUGGGAUCUAGCCCGUGGGAUGUUUGA